AUGACCAGCCGGACCUCCUCACUUUCCAUCCUCCUCCUCCUUACCCCCUUUCCCAGGCGCCGGGCCCUGCCGCUCCAGCUCCCCCCACUGUCAGUGGGUGACCAGAUGCAAUGUUGGCCCUUUUUAGCAUUAGACCUUUAUAACUGGAAGACCCACAACCCUCCCUUUUCCCAAGACCCUCAAGCCCUUACCGGGCUCAUAGAGUCCAUUUUACUAACCCAUCAACCCACUUGGGAUGGUUGUCAGCAACUUUUACAGACCCUCCUCACCACAGAAGAGAAGCCAAGAGUCAUCUUGGAGGCUCGGAAGAACAUACCGGGACCCAAUGGGGCCCCCACGCAGCUCCCCAAUGAGAUCGAUGAGGCAUUCCCCCUGAACAGACCCAACUGGGACCACAACAUACCUGCAGGUAGGGAGCAACUCUGUCUUUGUCGCCAGGUUCUCCUUGCAGGUCUCAAGGGCGCUGGCAAGCAACCCACUAAUUUGGUCAAGGUAAGAUCAGUCACCCAGGGGCCAGAAGAAACCCCCACCAUUUUCUUAGAAAGGUUAAUGGAGGCAUACCGUAUGUAUACUCCUUUCGACCCCGCCAGUCCCAAGUGGCAGGGUAAAAUGAUGAUGGCAUUCAUCAGGCAGUCAGCCCUCGAUAUUAGAAAUAAAUUGCAACGUUUAGAAGGGUUGCAGGAUUAUGCUUUUCAGGAUUUAAUGAAAGAGGCAGAAAAGAUUUUCAACAAGAGAGAGACGCCAGAGGAAAAGGAAGAAAGACUUAGAAAGAUGCAGGAAGAGGAAGAGGAGAGGAUUCGAAGAGAGCAAGAAGAGAAUGAAGAAAGACUAGAUAAAAAGAGAUCCAAGGAACUGAGUAGAAUCUUGGCCACCGUAGUACAAACUAGGCCAGAAGCAGGAAGGCAGGAUAGGAAUCUGGGAGACACAAGACAACCCAAGGUAGAUCAGGACCAAUGCACCUAUUGUAAAGAAAAAGGCCAUUGGGUUCAGAGACUGCCCUAA